CUGCCUUUGCACAGCGGAGCGAUGCUCUUCCACUUCUCAGAAUGGUGUCUAGGUCUCGCAAGUUGCGCAGUCAGUUGACUACAUUUUUUUUUACACCAUUUCAGCAGCUCAAAAGAUUUGAGGCUGAUCCAAAAUCAAAAAGCCAGGUCUUGGUGACAUCCCUGGAGGAGAGGGGUGUGGCUCAUUCAUUGCAGUGCUAUAUCAUCACCAAAGAUCAUUCGCUGUCUGCCAGUCUGAUCAGGAUUAUAAUCUAUCUACAAAGGCUUCAGUCUGCUGAAUGGUCUGCGUUCAUCUCAAAAUGGCUGUUGGGAUUGUCUUAGCUGUUCUGCUGUAUGUUAUUUCAGUAGUUUCAUCAACACACCCAAAGGAGCAAACCGUUGUUGGAAUCAUCGGACAGCCCGUCCUUCUGCCCUGUGACCGCUCCACAUUGGCAACUCCCAACUACCCAACAAAAACAAGAAUAUAUUGGCAAGAUUUAACCCCCAGAGUGCUGCAUGUUUUCAAAGAUGGAAACGAGGAGUAUGUACACCAAAACCUUUGGUACAAAAACAGGACAACAAUUAACACAGAUCAGUUGGCUUCUGGAAAUCUGUCACUCCUGCUCAACCCAGUUAAUGUCCGAGACAAUCUCCUGACCUGCAAAGUUUUUCUAAUAAUCAAUGGUGUAAAUUCUCAAGAGUGCCAAAUCACUGUCAAUGUAGCAGCAAGUUACCAAAAGCCCACAUUAAACUUCACAGACAUGACGCUUGUGUGCACCACCCACGGAGGCUUCCCUGAACACCAGGUGACAUGGAGGACCCAUAACCGUACUUUGGAGCGUCACGAGGCUGUCACCAAGACUACCCAGGAUCCUGGAACAGGAACCUACAACAUCAGCAGCCAAGUGAAUGUGACAGAGGGACAGAAUAUAACCUGCAGUAUCUACAACCCCAUCCUCAAUGAGACCCAGAGUAACUUUAUCGUCAUACCAGCCUCCAAAGAGGAAAACCAUUUACUGAAAUGGAUCCUGGCUGCAGUUUGUCCAUUGGUCGUAUUGUUGACUGCCGUCGUUCUCUGUGUAAAAUACCCCAACCUCAGGAAGUCAUGGAGGAAGAUGAUCCAUUGCUGUCCUGAACCUGAACCUGAAAACACUGCACAAGAACCAGAAAUUGCAGAAUUGAAUCCACAACAGUAGAAACCAAGUCCCAAGCUUCUCCAGUGACGAGUUACUGCGUUGUUGGUCCAUACGGCUGGACAACACGAGGACAUUGGUACUGCCAAAAUACUCGGAGCCAUACUGCUACCAGUAAUCUUGCAUGGAAGCUGAUAUGUGAUGCUAGUGAUCUAUGUCCAAUAUCCAGUGUUUAGGUCCAGGUGUUUAUACAAAAUAAUUGACAUAACGUACGGGGAGAUCAAAUUGAGACGCUGAGCUAAGGGAAACACUUGAAGAAAAGAACCCGGACACAGACACAACGGUAGACACAAAAGGUGUUGUUGAACAGUGAACCUGUCACUGAACCUGCAAUGUGUUGCGUUAUAAUGAAAGUGGUUUUGUCAUCAUGUGUUUUAGUAUUGUCUAUGUGUCCCGACAUAUCACUGACACACAGACAAUGAAGAAAGAAAGAAACAAUCAAACCGCAUUCAAACUUAGACAGGUAUGGAUAGAGAUCACAGGUGGUUGGCGGCACCUUAAUUGGGGAGGACGGCCUCGUGGUAAUGGUCGGAGCGAAAUCAGUGGAAUGGUAUCAAAUACAUCAAACACAUUGGUUUGAUGCCAUUCCAUUCGCUCCGUUCCAGACAUCAUUACGAGCCGUCCUCCACUCAACAGCCUCCAAUGAUAGAGAUUCAGGUUCUUUCUGUAUCUAACUUGCAGGUCUGCUGUUCAUCGCGGUAGUGAAUGUCAUGUCUCACUGUAUUUUUAUGGCUGAGUGAAUGUCAUGUCUCACAGUAUUUUUAUGGCUGAGUGAAUGUCAUGUCUCAUUGAUGGAAGAUGUUACAGUGCCUAUAGAAAGUUGACACUCCCCUAUGAAUUUUUUUUCACAUUCUGUUGCUUUACAAAGCCUGCUCGCCUCUACAGGAUUGGUGGGUCCCCCUCGGAGACGGUUGAGUUAACGUAGGCUAGUGUGAUUAGCAUGACGUUUUAAGUAACAAGAACAUUUCCCAGGACAUAGACAUAUCUGAUAUGGGCAGAAAGCUUAAAUUCUUGUUUAAUCUAACUGCACUGUCGAAUUACAAAGCCUGCUAGCUGAAAACGUUACCUCACAAUGACAGAUAAACGAUUAUAGAAUACAAAUAUAGAAUAUAACUGUGAACUACAGAGCGUGGGUCGCUUGGGGGUUACCCUACGGUAGCCCCAGUUAGAUCAGGCUACUCAACGUGUUUUUAUAGAGUUUUUAUUUGUUUUGUCUUUUUUUUUUUUUUUUUUUUUUGAGGGGUUUACAGGAAUAAUAUAUAUUUCAAAGAAUAUAUUCUGUGUGUAUAACAUGUACCUGUGGGCUGUCACCCAAAAGAAAAACUGAAGAAAUACAUACAGAGAAAUGAUCAUAUUGAUCAAGAAAAUAUUUUGUAGAAGUAUAAUUCAUAUGUAAAUUAAAAAAAACUGCAACCCUGCAUACCUAUUUCUGCCCCUUCCACCCACCACUUAUCUCCUAACCCCCCCCCCCCCCCCCCCCCCCCUCUCUACUAGCCACUACUUGUGCCAAAGUCUGUUAUUUUUAAGUCUUGGUUCCAGUAGUUUAUGUUUUUCUAAGAGAUUGUCGGUUGGAUAUACUCUCUGCAAGGUUUUGUAUAUCUUACCAAUCGUAUGAACAUCCUUUUCUGUCUCAAAUAAGAUUCCCUCAAGGUUGCUCUGAUGCCCAAACUAUUUCAAAUGUAAAAGUUGUGAUACAGUAUAACUUUUGAAUCUACAUUGGUCAGCCCAAAAGUAGUUUUUAAUUCUAUCAUGGAAAUAAAUGUAUUUCCUGUUACCAAGUCAUUUGUGUUUUUAUGACCCUAGUUUUCCAUGUGGACCAAUUUAUCUGUGAAUUCUGAAAAGCUAUCCAAGGAUUGUUCCAUAAGGUUAUGUUUAUAGGGAGUGAUAUUUAUUCUUGUAGAAUACAUUUUAUUUUCUUCCAUAUUGUUAUCGUGUUCUUGUAUAGCCUUGGCUAGUGAGUUGAUACAAUUCCAAGUCUGGAAGAUUUAAAACCACCCUCAGACGUUGAAUUCUAUGACUUUUAUUUGCCCAUAUAAAGUCUGUUAUGACUGCGUAUACUUAAAAAAAAAAAAAAGAAUGUCUUUGGUGUGGUAAUUGGUAUUACUGAAAAUAAAUACAAACAUUUUGCCAGCCGUGUCAUUCUAAAGAGGUUUAUUCCACCUGUAAGAUCUAUGGGAAGAUGAUUCCAUUUAAUUAGAGCUGCUAUGAUGUUGAUGAGUAAUGGAAUAAAGUUAUCUUUA